UAGAAAAGUGGCACAGACGUGCAGGGAGGGGUGCAGGAGCGGAAAUAGGAUUAAUGUCAACAACCUGAGUUUACAACAACUCAGGUGAAACUUCAUAACACUCCAACCCGAUAAGCUUUGUCACAUUGUAGUGUUCCGUUAAAAUGCUUUAACAAUAUCCGGUACAUUAUGGGGGAAGAGGUUGGUUUUUGGGCUGAAACUCGGGAGCUAAGUUAGCUAACUUUUAGUCGGUUGAUGCGUGAAGUCAUUUCGACAGCCUCGGUGAGGAAACUGUCCACUAAUAUGCUCGGAUAUCGCUCCUUGGUUAAGUCUCUCAAUGUUGCAGGGGUUGCCAGAUUGUGUGCCAGCUGCUGUUGACUCGUCCUGGUAGUUUUAUGUGGCGCUGAUAGUGCCUGGUCCGCUCAUAAUGCUCCUGCAGCUGCUCCCACCUGUCAACUAGCUGGCUCCUCUCCUCCUGUCCACCCGUCUGCCGUCGCCCAAUGGCUCACUGCGGCUCCUCCGAGCCAAAGCCACAGGCACCGUCGCAGGGCAGCGUAGACCAGAGCAUGAAGCCCGUGCUGUUCGAGAUCUUCGGUGAGAUAUGGACCGUCGAGUCGCGCCUCGGCCAAGGAGUCUCGGCCUCGGUGUACCGGGUCAGCUCAGGCAGAGCCACCACCGCCGCUGUCAAGCAGUUUCAGGUCGACACUCAGGGAGGAGAUUACGGGUAUCACAAGGAGAGGUCUGUGCUGGAGGACAUACAGGGACACAAAAACAUCGUGACACUGUACGGGGUUUUCACCAACAGCAGCUGUAUGGGUGUUUCCACUCGCUGUCUCCUGCUGGAGCUCUUGGAUGUCAGUGUGUCCGACCUGUUGGUGAGAGGAUGCAGUGGUAAUCAAGGUGGUAGACCCCAGCAGGGCCACUCCAUGUGGCUUGUCCAGCACUGUGCCAGAGACAUCCUAGAGGCUCUCGCCUUCCUCCACAAGGAGGGCUACGUCCAUGCCGAUCUCAAGCCUCGCAACAUCCUGUGGAGUGCUGACGAUGAGUGCUUCAAGCUCAUCGACUUUGGCCUCAGCUUCAAAGAGGGAAACCAGGAUGUCAAGUACAUCCAGACAGACGGGUAUCGAGCACCAGAGGCUGAGAUUCAGAACAGCCUUGCUCAGGCCGGGGUUGAGGUGGAGGGAGACUUGGGCUGCACAGCCGCUGUGGACCUGUGGAGCCUUGGCAUCAUCCUGUUGGAGAUGUUCUCAGGAAUCAAACUCAAAGACACUGUCCGCUCACAGGAGUGGAAGGAUAACUGUGCUGCCAUUGUUGACCAUAUCUUUGCCAGCAACAGUCUGGCAUGCCCUGCCAUCCCUGUCUAUCACCUCAGAGACCUUAUCAAAAGCAUGCUUCUCAUUGACCCAAAGCAAAGAUGCACAGCUGAAACUGCGCUCCUGAGCCCGUUCUUCAGUAUUCCCUUUGCUCCUCACAUAGAGGACCUGGUCCUGCUGCCCUCUCCUGUUCUGCGUCUGCUCAACCUGAUUGAUGACAGUCAUCUGCACAAUGAAGAUGAGUAUGAAGACAUCCUGGAUGACAUGAAAGAGGAGUGCCAGAAAUACGGCUCAGUGGUUUCUCUGCUCAUCCCCAAGGAGAAUCCAGGGAAAGGACAGGUGUUUGUGGAGUAUGCCAACUCCGGCGACUCCCAAGAGGCUCAGAGGUUGCUGACAGGCCGCACCUUCGAUGGGAAAUUUGUCGUGGCCACCUUCUACCCUCUCAGCGCUUAUAAAAGAGGUUACUUGUAUCAAACUGUGCAGUAAAGCCCUAAAGCGCAAUUUACGUCUUUUGGAACUGCAUAGGUCACCACAAAAGAGAGAGAGAAGUUGUUUUCUCCCUGUAAAAAAAAUAAGACCUUAGAAGCUAUGAGUGGCCAUCCUGCAGUUAAAAUGCAUUCAGUUAAAAAGGAGUGUAGUUUAAAGUUCUGCAUGUAAGUCAUGUGGUACAUCUGUGUUUCAUGCAGAGUAUAAAUUGAACUCAGUUGUGAGCAGCGUACAGGAACACUCAUCACAUCUCUGCUGCCUCCAGUCUUGC